AUGCCCAAGCCGCCUUCUUCCCUCCCUCCCUUCAUUGAGAUCCUUGAUACGAUCCCAGCUCGGGAUCUGAUCCCGCUGUGCCGAGAAAGUCGGUUGCAGAACACUCAACAAUACCUGCGUCCAAGCGGGUGGUCUGCAGACGCCGUGCAGAUACUACCAUCGAUCCGUGCCACACUCCAUGUACAAUUGUACAUCAUGGUGGGGGUGGCACUCAAGUCGCACAGGUUGAUUCGACCACCGUUCGAGGUUUUGCCUCUUGCUUUUCGUGAUAUACAAACAAAAUUUGAUAUGCAUGUAGCCGAAGCUGAGGAUUCAAUGGCGUUUCGGUUGGGUUAA